UCCUAUUCCUGGCUUUCUCUUGGGGGGUAACGGACUAUUAUUGGCACCUAUCUCGGGCUUCUUUUGUGCUUUGACAGCAAUUUAGGACUCAGAUGAACUUUUGCAGAGCACCUGAAAUUGUAGACGCUUCAACACAAACCUGAUGGAGAAACUUUGGACUUCAUCAAACCAGAAUAUGAUUUGUUAAAAUGACCUUUUCGGAUUUGUGACAGAUGCGGCUACGCAAAGUGAAUACCAGCUAAUCAAACAAGCGGAAGAUACAAUCAGGAGGAAGAUAUUGUCUUUGCCAAUUAAAUAUAUUCUACGACCUGUGAUCAGUUAUUUCGAUCAACCUUCUCCUGAAAUGCAAUUCUGCCUCCUCGAUGCUCAAUAUUCCAGCAACAGGACGCCGGCCGGAGUAGGUGUGUAGCAGCAACCAAAAAAGAGAAGAGCAGGGAUUUAUUAGAACAUUAGUAUUUCAUAAUCAAUGCACUUCGUCUUUGGAGGACAAAAUUGGAGGAGGGACACAAAACACUCCACGGAAAGCAUAAGGAAGAUGAUUACCGCCACUAUUCUCCUUCUCUCCACUCUCUCUCUUACAAGCAUCAGAGCAGAGAACGCAGAGGAGCGGCUGGUGAACUACCUAUUGGGUCCAGAGCGCUACAAUAAAUUGAUCAGACCAGCAGUCAAUAAGAGCCAACAGGUCACCAUUUCAAUACAGGUGUCUCUGUCUCAGCUCAUCAGCGUAAAUGAGAGAGAACAGAUAAUGACUACCAACUUGUGGCUUUUUCAGGAGUGGAAUGACUACCGGUUGAGAUGGGACCCAGACAAGUACGACGGAAUCAAGAAACUAAGAAUACCAUCCAAAAACAUCUGGCUUCCUGAUAUAGUGCUCUACAACAAUGCUGAUGGUGUGUACGAGGUUUCCUUCUAUUGCAAUGCGGUGGUAUCCAACACAGGAGACAUUUUCUGGCUUCCUCCAGCCAUCUACAAGUCAGCAUGUGCCAUUGCGGUCGAGAACUUCCCCUUCGACAAACAGAAUUGUACUCUUAAAUUCCGCUCUUGGACCUAUGACCACACAGAAGUGGAUCUAAUCCUCCCGAGUGAUUUUGCAAGCCGUGAUGACUUCACGCCAAGUGGAGAGUGGGACAUUGUCUCGCUCCCAGCACGUAAAAACGAGGACCCCAAUGACAUCACCUACUUAGAUAUUACCUAUGAUUUUGUGAUCCAGAGGAAGCCACUAUUCUACACCCUUAACAUGAUCAUCCCAUGUAUGCUUAUCACUUCUCUGGCUAUCCUUGGGUUCUACCUACCAUCAGAUUGCAGGGAGAAGAUGACAUUGUGUAUCUCAGUGCUCCUUGCCCUAACUGUGUUUUUGCUGCUGAUAUCAAAGAUAGUGCCACCCUCCUCUUUUGCAGUGCCACUUAUAGGUAAAUACUUGAUGUUUGCCAUGGUGCUGGUUACUUUCUCAAUUGUAACCACAGUCUGUGUCCUCAAUGUGUACCAUCGCUCCCCAUCCACCCACCACAUGCCUUACUGGGUCAAACACCUCUUCUUAGUUCGCCUGCCCACAAUCCUCCUCAUGAGGCGUCCAGGCUCUUCCAAUGUCCAUGGUAGACUCAUUCAAAGGUUAGUCAAGAAAAGCAUUUCCCAGAGUGGAACAGUGAAGAAGCAGUACUCCAACAACAGACUAUGUGGGAUACCAACAGACUCUGACUCUUUCAAUGUGUCUGACGACUUGUCAAACACAUUUCGCUGGAAAGUCGGUGACAUCCAAGAUGAUGACUGUGGGUAUCCAGACUCCCAGAGGGAUUUGGCAGUUAAGUGGGAUGCAGAUCUGGAGGAGGCAGUGGAUGGAGUCAGAUACAUUGCUGAACACAUGAAGACAGAAGAUGAUAAUGAAGGGGUAAUAGAAGACUGGAAGUACGUUGCCAUGGUGAUUGACCGCCUUUUCCUAUGGAUCUUCAUUCUGGUCUGUGUGGUGGGAACUCUGGGGCUGUUCUUGCAGCCGCUGUUUCAAAGCUAUAACACCCCCAUUGCUGAUGACACAGAGUAUGGAGACUUCUAGUCUUUUGUGACAUGAGGAUGAUCACAGCCAAAUUAAUGUCUUUGCUGGUUGGAAAUUAUAUGGAAUGAGCCCUGUCAACACAUCCAGUAACAACAGUCAUGGACAUUGAACAAGAAAAAAAAUAUAUAUAUAUAUUUUCUGCAUGGCUUUUAUUUUCUCAUGGGCUAGGCUUCGAAUUCAAGUUUUGCUGUCAUCACCGAUACAGAGCAGCCCUGGUGUGACUUAUUAAGAAAUGAAUUCAUAAGAAGUAACAAAGAUAACGGAUUUAAAAAUCCUUUAAAAGAGACUUUGGGGAACAUUUAAGGUAAAACACAUUUGAUAACCCAUUAUCUACACUCAGAGCACAGCUAACAUUAGCAUUCUGCCACUUUCUAUUUGAUCUUCAUGUUUAAGAAUGACAGCUACACAUCAAAGGUGCUUCAAUGCUCAUCUACAACACAUCUUUACAAUACCGAGGUAAAACUAUGGAGCUAUUAUUGUGACAAAACUAUUUGAAUAUGCAUACACAGAUCCAUAAAUG